AUGUUAGAAAAAAAGUUUGCUGACAUUGACAAGAAAUUUGAGAAUGUUUUAGACAAGAACAAGAGGAAGUUAGAAAAUGCUCAGAUAAAGCCUAUACAUGAAAAGUUCUUAUUUGCUCAGAAUGGUAUAACAGGUCUAAUUGCACCACCUGGGUCGGGUAAGACUUUCACUUAUCUUAAAAUGGCUGCACAACAACAAGAACUAGAUGAGAAGAACCCAUUCUAUGAGUUAGUUGUUAUUUGUUCGACUUCUGGUCAAUUUGACCAAACCGUCAAUUCGUUCAAAGAUAUUAUAAAGAAGUCUAAGUUAGUAUGUAUAAAGGAUACUGAGUUGUUAGAUUGGAUAAAGAAGUACCAAAGAAGAGUUUUGAAGUAUAAUGCUAUAAAUGAGUAUAUAAAUUCUAAGUUCAAAGACCCUAAUGAGGAAAUGCAGAGAAUAUUAGAGAAGAAACACUUCAGAAACAAACAGAAAGAGAUAGAAUACAUUUCGAAGAAAUUGCAAUCUUACGAUUGGAAGACUUACCCUCAUAGAU